UUCUAAGGAAAUCUGUCUAAUUUCAUUUAUCAAAGAGAAUCUUCUGGCAGGACUCCCUGGUUUAAACGGGUGGCUUACAACCUGCUUUCUCUAACCGCAAGUUGCCGAGAUACAGAGAGAAUUAGACAUUUUGCGCCGAAAAUGCGACUUAUAAAUUAUUAAUUAAUUACACAGGUUGGACUUUGAGUCGACGUAGACAGGCACGAAGAAGGUCUCACAUGACCAACGAAAAAUAAUAAUUUGAGAGACAAUAUACCCAGGAAUUGCUAGUGGGCAAAGUAAAUGGAAAAUUUUAUCUCUGGCCGAGCUGAGAACUACAAAACAGCCGUAAAAUGCUGUUCAGGAGAGGACGCAAGUUCCGUGGAUAGCAAAGAUUCGAUGCUCGAAGCCGGCGAAUACCUCGAACGGCUAAGUUUUUGGCAGCGACCGAGACAGCGAGUCGAUCUGGAAUUCAACGACGUUGCUUACAGUGUAAAGCAAGGCCGACAAGAGCGAAAGACAAUUGUUCAUGGGGUGUCAGGAGAGUUCAAGAGUGGAGAGCUUGUUGCCGUCCUUGGUCCCUCAGGAGCUGGGAAGUCCACACUCAUAAAUAUUUUAGCAGGAUACAGAACAAAAGAAGCAAAUGGCCAAGUUCUGGUCAAUGGCAUGGAGCGAAACCUGCGGCAGUUCCGUAAAAUGUCCUGUUACAUCAUGCAAGAUGAUGUACUCUUGCCACAUCUCACUGUUAUGGAAUCUAUGAUGGUGUCUGCAAAUUUACAUCUUAGAGAGUCUUUAUCCUUUGAAGAAAAAGAAAGAGUUAUCAAUGAAAUCCUAUUGAACCUGGGCCUUACAGAGACCACCAACACAAGGCUCAAUGAGAUAUCUGGGGGCCAGAGGAAACGGCUCGCAAUAGCACUGGAAUUGGUGAACAAUCCACCCAUGAUCUUUCUUGAUGAGCCAACUAGUGGUCUGGAUAGCUCAUCCGCAUUUCAGUGUAUCAGUCUUAUGAGGACACUUGCUCAUGGCGGGAGGACUGUGGUGUGUACUAUUCAUCAACCGAGUGCAAAACUCUUUGAAAUGUUUGAUAAGUUGUACAUCUUGGCAGAAGGUAACUGCUUGUUCCAAGGCACUGUACAAGAUCUUAUACCUUACCUGGCUUCAGAGGGUCUGGUAUGCCCCAAAUACCACAAUCCUGCAGACUACAUUAUAGAAGUAGCAUCUGGUGAGUAUGGCGAGAACGUGAUACCCAGCCUAGUCAAGGCUUGGAAGGCACGUGAAGAGGCAGUGACACAGAAAAAGAGCCUGACCAGUAGUACUAACUGUAGCUAUGACUCAAGGAACAUGGUGGUGUCGAUGUUACCAAACUGUAAUGUCAAGACCAGUACUGAUAGCAUAAUACACGCUGCAAGUCAAACCACUCAGUUCCUGGUGUUGUUCAAAAGAGCUGCACAAUCCAUCUUCAGGGAUCGCAUUUUUACUCACCUACGUUUCGUGUCCACGGCAUCUGUUGGCCUUCUCAUUGGACUUUUAUAUCAUGGUAUUGGUAAUGACGGCAGUAAAGUCUUCAACAACACUGGCUGUUUGUUUUUCUCGCUCCUGUUUCUCAUGUUCACAUCUCUUAUGCCCACUGUGUUAACAUUCCCCAUGGAAAAACUAGUGUUUAUUCGAGAGCAUUUAAACAACUGGUAUAGCCUCAAGUCUUACUACCUUGCAAAUACAAUGGCGGACGUUCCAUUACAGAUCUUGUUUCCAGUGAUUUACUGUACGAUAGUAUACUUCAUGACGGAUCAACCAAACGAAGGAUUGCGUUACACUCAGUUUGUAGCCGUCACGAUACUCACAUGUCUUGUAGCGCAAUCCAUUGGGCUUUUAAUAGGAACAGUCGCGCCCAGUCUUCCGACCGCGGUCUACGUCGCUCCAGUGACUGGUAUCCCUGUCCUACUGUUCAGCGGUUUCUUCGUGAACUUCGAUACCAUUCCUAAGUACAUGCAGUGGCUCACAUACGUGUCCUACGCGCGGUACAGCUGGGAAGGAACAGUUGUGGCCAUAUACGGCAAUAAAAGAGGACCUUUAGAAUGCAAGGACAAACGCUGUAUAUUUACGAACAGUGAAGACGUUUUGGCGUCCAUGGAUGUGGAAGAAAAUGCACUGUAUUUAGAAGGCGCCAAGGUUUAUUUUGAUUGCCUUGUCCUCGUUCUUUUCUUCAUUAUUUUGAGAUUAGCGGCCUAUUUGGUGUUGCGGUACAAAGUGAAGUCUUAUCAUUAGCAAAGGUGUGGUGUUCUGGACGAUUGCGUUUGGUGUUGUUAUCACAGCUUGGACGCCAUCUUGACAAGCUUUUGACUGUUCAUGAGCGAGCUUGGGGUGACCGCUGAUCAGUUAUCCGUGGUUUCUAGUUAAUCGAGUUGAGUGGGAAUGUUGUGAAGCUGGGAAUGGCAAAUCAGUAAUUAGGAUCGUUAUUUUUUAAAGUUAUCGUUAGCUACGCUCAAAUGACAACGACUGUUUUCGGGGUUCGCGUUUUAGGGAUCCUAAAAAAUAAACAAUUAUAACGUGUUUUUAAUUUAUACCAAAAUAGUCUCUGCUAUGUGGAGAACAUAUAUAAUCAGAUUUACAGGAAUCCUAUACCCAGAGCCCACGCAUUACCGUCCAGAAAUGAUAAUUUUUGUGCUGACCGAGAGUAUCGCGGCUUUAGGGGACCUUUGUCCAUCUAACACCCUAAGAAUCUCUAAUUUUAUUCUUUUUUUGGGAGGGGGAGGGGGAAGAGGGAUGUUCGAUGGAUUAGGGGGCUGUUUUACAAUUUUUCACCUUUUCCUUUUUGUUUUCAUUUCUUCCUGGCCUCGAGGAUUGACCAAAAGUAUUAUACUAUAUAGUAUUUCUUCAGAAUUUUCCUUGGCUUUUGGGGAAAAUAUGCAAUAAGAGGAUAGAGAAUCGAAAAGGGAGCGGGUCUUUCCUUUGAAUUUUCUUGUUCCGCUUUCUGCUGCCUGGUCUCCUUAACUUUUUAGAGAACACCAAGAUUCUUAUCAUAGAAUGGCCGGACCAUUCAACAUCGGUGAAGCUAACCGCUUAAAUACCCUUAAACAAUCAGCUGUGUUCCAGUUCUAACCUGUUUAUUUUUGGUAAAGCUCGUCGCUUGUGAUAACCAUGAUCUCACGUCUUUCAUCAAGCAUUUCUUUCUCGGUCCCUUUUCCCUCAGAAUUUUCCACUUUUUUUUUUUUUUUUAAAUUUGGCCUAAUUUUUAGAAUUUACAUUCUGGUCAACUAUACGAUGGGUGUGUUAAUCGAUUGAAAAGAUGCAUAUGACUCCUCCUUUUUCUCUAUGUAGGCCUCCCGCACAAAAAUAUUAACCAAUGAAUAUCAGGGAUUUUAUAUUACAUAACCUCAAUUUUCAGUUUAUGAUUGGAACUAAUUAGCAUGAUUCGAGCUCACUUUGUAUAAUUGUAAAUUGUUGGCCAUCACUCAUGACAGGGAAGUUGUCCGAUAAGAAGGUAUUGAUUAGUUAACAUUUGUCUGAUGAAAUAAUUAAUAUAAAUAUUUAUAGAUUUUAUAUUGUGGA